CCCGCGGCUUCUAUUUCCGGCUGCGGAUUCUGUCAUAAAGCGGAGACCUCCUUUCAAUCGCGGUGUCGCGGGUCCCUCGCGCCUCGCCCAGGGUCAGCGCGCUAGGACGGUCACGGUGGGGGUACUGCUCAGGCCACAGCUGAGCCAGGCCGCGGAGGGCUGGCCGUACUGGUGCACAUCCGAUCCCGCAGAUCCGCCUGGCUUUUGAACCCUCCUGAGUUAGAGUCCCUGACUGGCAGCCUCCAGGACUGCCGCUCGACAGGCCAGCGCCCAGCGCCAUGCUGUCUUCCCCGUAGUCACGCUUUGUCCCAUGAGGCGCAGCGUUAGUCAAGUCACCCCUCUUACACACUAUUUCUACCCACGUCCGUGUUAAUUUCGUCCUUCACCUCCCUUCACUCGAACCCUCCCCUUCACCGGAGGUCUUUUUUUUUUGCCCAGUUCCAGUAAAAUUGAGGGGCUGUCCUUUGAGAUAAAAGUUACCGUUGAGACUGAGCACCCAUCUGGCGCCCCCCAAAAGUUCAUGCUUACUAAAGAGCUUGUGGACAAAGUAAAAUCCAGUGCACACACCAAACUAUGGCUGAGCAUGGGGCUCACAUCACGACUGCCUCUGUCGUGGAUGACCAGCCAUCCAUCUUUGAGGUGGUAGCACAGGACAGUUUAAUGUCAGCAGUGAGACCUGCUCUUCAGCAUGUGGUCAAGGUUCUUGCAGAAUCAAAUCCUGCCCACUUUGGCUUCUUUUGGAGGUGGUUUGAUGAAAUCUUCACCCUGCUAGAUCUUCUGCUCCAGCAGCAUUAUCUGUCGAAAACCAGCGCCUCCUUUUCUGAAAACUUUUAUGGCUUAAAGAGGAUUGUAAUGGGAGACCAACACAAGCUCCAGAGAUUGGCCAGUGCUGGUCUCCCAAAGAAGCAGUUUAUGAAAUCAGUUAUGUUCCUGGUUCUUCUUCCCUAUCUGAAAGUGAAACUGGAGAAGCUGGUUUCUAGCCUGAGAGAAGAGGACGAAUAUUCCAUCCAUCCCCCUUCUUCCCGCUGGAAACGAUUUUACAGAGCCUUCCUAGCAGCCUACCCAUUUGUUAACAUGGCCUGGGAAGGCUGGUUCCUGGUACAGCAGCUUCGAUACAUUCUAGGAAAGGUUCAACAUCACUCACCACUGCUGAGGCUGGCUGGAGUUCGGCUAGGUCGGCUUACAGUUCAGGAUAUACAAGCUCUGGAGCACAAACCAGCUGAGGCCAGCAUGAUGCAACUACCAGCUGGGAGCAUUGGUGAGAAGAUAAAGUCAGCUCUGAAGAAGGCCGUCGGGGGUGUUGCCUUGUCCCUCUCUACUGGCCUUUCGGUGGGUGUAUUCUUCCUGCAGUUCCUUGAGUGGUGGUAUUCAUCGGAAAACCAAGAAACCAUCAAGACCCUGACUGCUCUGCCUACUCCACCACCACCUGUACACCUAGACUACAAUUCUGAUUCUCCCUUGUUACCCAAAAUGAAGACUGUGUGCCCACUGUGUCGGAAAAACCGGGUGAAUGACACAGUUCUCGCCACCUCCGGCUAUGUGUUUUGUUAUCGCUGUGUGUUUAAUUACGUGAGGAGUCACCAGGCUUGUCCUAUCACAGGUUAUCCAACAGAGGUACAGCAUCUCAUUAAACUGUACUCCCCUGAGAACUGAGAGGGAUUAGCACCUUACCUCACAACAAAAUGAUUGCACUGUAAGGCCACAGGGCUGGUUUUCCGCAGGGUAAAUAGCAUUUUUGAUACUUCUCAUUCUCAAUAAUUGUGUGAACUUCAGACAACCACAUGGAUUUCUUUAAAAGGAUUUACUCAUUGAUCUUAACGUUUUAGCUUGCUCCCUAGACACCCCUACUUAGAGUGGACUGAACUGGUUAGAGAGAAUCAGGACUGGCAAGGGAUGUGAGGGUCAGCAAAGAGGAAGGGAUAAAAGAGAAUACUUGACACAGAAGAUCUUCUCUCCCCUUUGUUAAAGGACAAGAAGUAUAAAAGCUCUCAGGGAAAACCCAGGUUAGACCUCAUUAAAUGGGUGGAUGCUUCUGUGCAUCCUUGUGUGCUCAGUGGCUCGGUCACAUCCGAGUCUUUGAAAUCCCAUAGACUGUAGCCCAAAGGCUCUUCUGUCCAUGGGACUAUCCCGGCAAAAACACUGGAAUGGGUUGCCAUUUCCUCCUCUAGGAGAGCUUCCCAACCCAGGGAUCGAACCUGCCUCUCUUGUAGCUCCUGCAUUGGCAGGCAGAUAGAUUCUUUACCACUGAGCCACCUAGGAAACCUGCCUCUGAAGAAUAGGUUUUAUUGGCUUGCAAACAGUAUGAAAUAUGGACUUGCUCUUUAUAGACAUACUUAGAAACACUUUAGGAAAACAACAGCUCCUCCCAUCUGCUGUGGCCCUCUGGUUAAAUAACACCUGCUACGGUUUAUCAACUUUUAAAGUUCCCUUUGUGAACCACACAUGUCUUCCUUGGGAAACUGGUUAAAGGAAAACAGAGGUUGAAUGUAUAUACAGAAUAGUCUGAAGAUUUCAAUGUGAAAGCAAAGUGACUAAUGAAGAGAUGGAGUAAAAUACUGACCUAACUAUGACUGUGUACAUAAAGCACCUUUCAAUAAGCUCUUUCUGCUUGUUAAGUUUGCUAAACUGACAUGAAUUAU